GUUUAUUCCGAUGUACUUUAUAUUUUAAUGUAAUUUUCUCUAAUACCCAGAAUGCCGUGGAAUGUCUUGAAGAUGAUGAUGUUAAGUUGGGUUUGCUAUGUUGUCAAAGGAGAAUGCCGCACAAGAGCAUCAUCCAUGGCUACGUUGGAGACGACAUCUGGAACAUUGACAAAUUAUAACAACAAGAACACUGGAACGUGCUCAUCAUCAAAUUGGAACUUGAAAUCACCUACAGAACAGAAUGUUAUACUGCAGAUCGAUGUGAAAUAUCUUUCUCUAUAUCGGGCGAAAUCAUGUGGUAGCGAAAACGGGGGAUAUCUGAAACUACCGGGAGAAAGAUAUAUUUGUAAAAUCAUACGCACAAGAUCUCCACAAUGUUUUAUCUUCAUAAAAGACCCAGUACCAAGACUUUGUCAAAGGCAAAUAGAAAAAAGGAAAGAAUGUGAAUAUUCUAAGCUUGGACUUUACGGCUGGCCAGGAACCAUAACUUAUUUUAAUGACGGAAGAAUCGUAAACAGGGGAAAAGGAUUCGAUUUGGAGUACAAAUACAUAACAUGUGAAAGCGAGCCAUUGACAACGUUGCCUCUGAUCACUGAAACUACGGAUAUUGCUCGGAAAAGAACCAGCUCUACGAUCAAAUUUUCAACAUUGAGAAAUACACUCUUCUCAAUAGCAGACAUUGAAGUCCAAAACACCACUGAAUCAAUUGUUCCACAGACAAGUCUUGAUAUUGGAAGUAUUAUCGGUAUUGCUGCUGGAGUAAUUGCUUUACUAAUAUUGAUUGCAAUAUUUGCUACAGCAGUGAUUUUCAUUAGAAGAAAAAAUGGCGGUAAAUCAAAUACUGAAUACGAUAGCAACACCGUAAUUGAUUUAAACAGAUCUUUGAACGAACCCUCUAUGAAGUCCACAACUGAUCCUUACUACAUCGGUGCUCCAGCUUCGAUGCCAUCAGUAAAUCCGAUCCGUGAAAAACACGCCUAUGAAGGAAUCAUUAUGGAAAACGGUAGAGAAUACGAGUCUAUAAAAGUUAGAGGAAACACAUAUCUGAAACCGAUCAAAAAAAUAUUUGUAACUGAAUCCGCUGACUACGAAGUACCAAUUCAUACAGGAGUGGAAGAAAACGGUUAUAUAGAUUUCAGAUAACAUUCCUAAUUGUUUCAAUUACAUUUCUACGUUUUCUGGGUUUAUCCUUAUAGUUCUAGAAUAUGCAAAAAUAUUUUCAUGAGAGAUAUGUUAUUGGUUGAAUAUUAUUAAGAUUAUUGGUUACUAACCCAUCAUUAAUGCGCUGAGAUAUAUAUGAUUAAUUUCAGACAAAGAAAUCGAAAAUUUCAAAUCAAUUGAAUUUAACAAGAUUUUUUUUUUAAUUUUUAAUAUCCAAUACCUGAAUUAUUUUGACAAAAGCAAAAUUGUUUUAUCUGAGCUUCCUCGGGAAAAGUUUUCACAUUGCAAUCUUUUACUCAGAUAAAAUAAAGAAAUUUAUUCAAUAUAAUUAAGUGAACAAAAUGAAAAAUAUUAAUUCCGCUAUUAGGUCAUUUCAUCACUGUAUGCAGAAAGUAAAUUUGAAUUUUGCCUAUACCAGAUUUAAUAUGUUCUAGUUUAGCGGUUGAAGCAGAUCUGAAUGUUGGAAUGAGUUUUUAAGUAGCCUACUAUUGUUAACAAGAACGGUUAUCUUCAUUUUUAAACGAACUUUUAUUUACCCCCUUCAAUGCUAUUGCAACCAAAUAAGUAGCAGGAUGUACAACCAGAAAAUAUCGUGUAAUAUAAUUUACGUAUGAGUAACAAGAAACCUGUGUUAGUAUUUUUGCCUUUUUAUACAGAGCGUAUUUCAGUGGUUUCAACCUCUUGGGUGUAGCAGAAGUAAAACAUAUUAAACUCUUGGAGAAGCCGUUUUCAAUUAAUCCUAUGUAUAUUUAAUUAUAUGGUUGUAUUUUUUAUCAAACACAAUUUGAUGCGGAGAACCUGAAUGUAUUUUAUGGAACUCUUUCGAACACUCACCUAUUAUAUGAUUAUCCUUACUCGCGCAUGCGUGUAUAUGAGUGUAUCGCAAGCUUUGAAGAAAUGUGUAGACGAAAUCCUACGGUUAUGCCAAACCCAUGAUUGAAAACCACUGCUGAAUAUAACAUUUACAGAGGCAUUCUAUAGAAGUCUGUCUAAAUUAUGUUUUUUUUUAUUGCUGGGAGAUUCCAUGGGGGGAUUUGACUUUGAUGACCGUAUGGUCGUAUCGCUCCCCCAGUCUAUACCGAAAAACGUUUCGUAAUGCUCGUUGUUUUCUGGUUUACGAAAUAAUAAAUCUCUAUAUAUAUCUCUCUCUUUUUCCUUUAAGCUACUACACAUACUGUAGAUUGCAUUCAGAGAAUCAGUUUACAGCAGUCUGUAAUUUUUCAAUUAGUGUCAACAAUUUCCUGCAAUUCACAUUUAUUGAGAAUUACAAUAGCGCUUGAUAUUACAGAAGGCGUCCUUGAGGGAAAUUUUACAAAACUUACUGAACAACGCUAUGCGCCUUGAAUAUUAUAUAUCGAACAAUGAAAUACUCGUAUCUAUUUUUUGUUUUAUCUAUUU